GGCGCGCUGUGGUCGGUUCGACGGGCGCGCUGGGGCCCGGCAGGGGUUGGGGUGGCCUUAUCGCCUGGUUCCGCGGCCAGCGCCUCGCGCUCCAGAGCAGCCUGGGCCGCCGUCCUCUCACCAUGGGCUCCGGGCCGCGCGGGGCGCUGGGCCUGCUGCUCCUCCUGCUCGCGCCGCCCAGCCGCCUGGCCUCUGGCUGCCCCGCACCGUGUCACUGCGCGAGGACGCGCGUGGACUGCGGGCGCCGAGGGCUAACGUGGGCUUCGCUGCCGGCCGCCUUCCCACUGAACACGACCGAACUGGUGCUGACGGGCAACAACCUGACGGCGCUGCCGCCGGGGAUCCUGGACGCGCUGCCGGUGCUGCGCGCCGCGUACCUGGACGCCAACCCCUGGCGCUGCGACUGCCACCUGGUGCCGCUGCGCGCCUGGCUGGCCGGCCGGAUCGAGCGCGAGCCCUACCGCGACCUGCGCUGCGCCGCGCCCCCCGCGCUGCGCGGCCGCGUGCUGCCCUACCUCGCGGAGGACGAGCUGCGCGCCGCCUGCCCGCCCGGCGAGCUCUGUCGCGGGGCCCUGGCGGCGCAGCUCUUGCUGCUCGGCCUCGGGCUGCUGCACGCGCUGCUGCUGGCGCUGCUGCUGUGCCGCCUGCGGAGGCUGCGCGCCCAGGCCGCGAGCAGGUGGUUGCUGAGCACCCCGCUGACCUCCCCGCUGGCGGCGGAGCCGGAGCCGGAGCCAGAGCCGAGCGAGGACGCUGAGUAGCGCGGCUGGCUCCCCCGAUCGGCCCCACCCCGUGCGCGUCCUCCGCUCGUACAAUCCCCCAGACACGCCAGCAUGCCGUCCGGGUUGCGGGCCCUACGGCCGCAGAGCCGGCCCGGGGCGAACCGGCGCCCGGACCCGCCCAGUCCCCACACCAUCUCCAGUGCGAAUAAACCCUGCUCCGCAUCUGACCGG